AUGUCAUUGAAUAUUUUACACCGCUCAAUAGCCAAAUCAACAAUUGCUAAUAUAGUUAAAGCUACUUCUUGUAGACAGCCCCUUAACAGAGUAGGCCUGAUUGCUUCUACUUUUCAUCCGGUAAGAACAUUUUUCACUACUCAAUAUAGGGACAACCAACAAAGACAAGCUGUCAACGAUAUUCUGAACUCUGAAUACAAAAUUGAAAAAGAUUUAGCAUCUACAGAACAAUCCCCAGACAUGUUCAGGCCUUAUUUAGAAAAAUCUAAUUUCUUUAUUGUUGAAACGCCUGGCAAGAACGAAGCUAAACUUGUUAAGAAGACUGAUUCAGGUGAAACCGUCCACGUCUUUUUCGAUGUGGCUCAAGUGGUAAACCUUCCAUUUGAUGACCUAGUUACAGAAGAAAAUAUUGCUGCUGCUGAAGAUAAUAAUGAUGAAACAUUUGAUUCAUUAGACGACAAUUUUGCUAAUGUUACUGUUGUCGUAAGCCAUGAAGGCAAUGGAUCCGCAGUAUCCUUUGAUUUGUUGAUGAAUUUACAAGAUCGUUCUUUCUACAUUGACAGUGUUACUCCAUUUAAAUCUGCUGCUGACAUUUUACAUGACACUGCUGAAUCACAAUUUAAUAAUGAUUUGAAGUAUCGUGGCCCACCAUUUUCGAAUCUUGAUGAAGGAUUGCAAGAAUCUUUAGAACUAUACUUAGAAAGUAGAGGUGUCAAUGAAGAAUUAUCAGAAUUCAUUUGUACUUAUUCUGAAUUCAAGGAGAACAAUGAAUAUAUCUCCUGGUUAGAAGACAUGAAAGGUUUCUUUAAAAAUAAGUAA